GUAGCCUCAUCCAUUACGCGUCAUCGUUCCUAUCUUCUUCCUUCCCAGAUUUUUCCGCCGCCGUUCCCUGUUGAAUUCUCUGCCGUCGUCCUUAGCAACGGCAGAUUUUUCCUGGCUCGCCGGUGCUUAUCCCCGCACCCGCCCUCGCCGGAUUUUUCUCAGCCGAGCUCGUCUUCUACGGCGCCGCCCCUGGGAGUCUUCAAAUAUCAGCCGUGCUUUGCUUCUUCUCCGUGGCCGGCGUCCUCUACCCCAUCCAUGGCCAGAGCUUCCUGUCCGACGCCCAGCCGAAGCCGCCCAGCCGAAGUCUCUUUCCUGGCCGCACGCCCAGCCCGCUCUCCUUCCUCUCAGUUCCGUGCUCUGCUCGGCCGGAUUUCCAUGGCGCGCGUCCAGCUUCUGGCGCCUUGCUCUCUCUCUAUUUCUCCUGCCGUGAGCCCGGUGCCCAGCCCCAACUCCCUGCCGAGUGCUCUCUGCGCGCGUCUUGCUCCGACUAGAUCCGGCCAUGGAGCUCGCCUGCACGUGUCCUCCCUGCUCAUGCCGCGGUGCUCCCAGCCGAGCGCCCUCUGCCAUGGCCGCGUCCCUAGCUCAGACCUGGCUUGGCCUUCGCCCCAGCGUCGCGGCUUCAUCCCCAAGUCCGGUGUCCAGCUGUGCUCGCGAGCCUCUCCCUCCGCGCGUCUGCUCUUCCGAGCUCGCCGCGACCUGCCGAAGCUCCCCUGGCGCGCCUAGCCAUGGCCACCAAGCACCCCAACUCCUUCUCAGUUUUCCAGCGCCUGCUUCCCUGCUCGGAUUCAGGGCCGCGCGCACGAAUCCCUGCUCACCAGCGUGCUCUAGAUUCAGCCAUGGAGUGUUCCCUGCGUCUCCUCGCCGGAUCUUUUUCCAGCUCGCGCAGGUCUGCUGCUCAUCUCCCAUGGUGGUUGGUCGCUGCUGCGCAGCUUCCUGGUGCCGCGACCCCCCCGCCGUGGAUGUCCUCUACUGCGCCAAACUGCGCAGCGCCGUUGACGCCUGCCGAUUGUUCGAUGCUUUGCGCGGCUAGUCACGGUCAUACACAGCAGUGCCUGCUCCUAGCUCCGCGCCCCAGUCCCUAGUGUCCGACCGUCGUCGUCACUGGUAGUACGCCGGCGCAGCGUUCCUGCACAUCAACACCAACAAGUCGUCAUGCCAUCGUCUUCGUCGUAUGGAGAUCGUCAUGCUGACAUGUCAAUGUCGUCAAUCGCCAUCCUCGUCUACACUAAAGAUCCGAGAAGAUUAGGCGCGGAGGGAAACAAAUUAGUACGUGGCGGAAAAAUUCUCGAUGUGGAAGAAGAAGUGUGAUUCGAUGCGACACUCACCGUGUAUUCAGGGGAAAAGUUAGAGCUGAAAGACAUCGUCCAUUUCAUGAUUUCAAGCCAGAUUUAAUUAUGGU